UAAGUUUUAAAGAUAAAAAAAAAUCAAAGCCCUAUUUAAGCAAUUUCACAAAAAUCUCUUCAUCAUAAAGCCUUCAGUUCGCAAAUUUCCCCAAUUUUAUACGCAAAUCGCCUGUCCAGAAACUCCAUCGGAGCCCUUGUCCCUGCUUUACAGACAACAAAUCAUAUCACACAAGACUAUAACACUCAAAUCCCUUCAACAUAUAUAUCAAGAUCAUCAGGUACUUAAUAACAUUUCUUAAACUACAAUUUACAUCAUGGAGCUAAAUUCCAUCAAAGACGCAUUCGAUCGUGUAACAAAAAAGCAAAAACUCUCAACCUCCAAAUCCCAAGAAACAAUCCAACAAAUCACCCAAGAAAUCAACCAUGCGAUAUCACAAAUCCAAUCAACCAAUCCAUCCACCAAAUCAAUCCUCAAUGAACUCCAAUCAAAACUAAAACAAAUCUCUCCACUCACUCAACUCGAAUCCACACAAAAAGACCUCAACAUCGCCUUCAGCAAAUACACAAAACUCCUCGAGAAACAAUUCAACCCCGACAUCUCCAAAUCCUACCGCCAUGUUGAUUUCGACCUCCACACUGUCAACCAAAUCAUCGCCGCACAUUUAUACCGUGAAGGACUGUUCGAAAUCGGCGAUUGUUUCAUAACUGAAUCAAACGAGAAAACCCUAACCGACAGAAAGACUCACUUCCUCGAAAUGUAUAAGAUCCUUGAUUCCAUGAAAACGCGCGACCUCGUUCCCGCUUUAUGCUGGGCCACCAAUAAUCAUGAAACACUCCUAAAAAACGGAUCCGACAUCGAACUGAAGCUCCACCGGCUCCAGUUCAUGGAGAUUCUCCAGAGCGGACGGCGCGACGCCGCGUUGAAAUACGCACGGUCGCACUUCGCGCCGUUCGCAGAGCGCCACCUCCCAGAGAUUCAAAAGCUCAUGGCAUGUCUCCUCUGGGUGGGGAAGCUCGAAUCCUCGCCGUACUCCGAGUUUCUCUCGCCAUCGCACUGGGCGAAACUCGGAGACGAAUUAGCGUUACAGUAUUGUAACCUAAUUGGCGAGUCGCACCACUGUCCGCUCAGCGCGACAGUGGCUGCAGGCGUUCAGGGUUUACCGACGCUGUUGAAAUUGAUGAAUGUGAUGACGGGGAAGAAGCAGGAGUGGCAAACGAUGAAGCAAUUGCCAGUGCCGGUGGAUUUGGAUCAAGAGUUUCAAUUUCACUCGAUAUUUGUGUGUCCCGUGAGUAGGGAUCAAGCGGGGGAGGAUAAUCCUCCGAUGUUGAUGUCUUGUGGGCAUGUGCUUUGCAGACAGUCGAUUACUAAAUUGUCGAAGAAUAAUAGUACGCGGCCUUUUAAGUGCCCGUACUGCCCGACCGAGGUGGAGGUCGGGCAGUGUAGGCAGUUGUACUUUUAGCGUCCAUUAGGAGUUGUACGUUUGUGGUGGUGAGGUGGUAUCUGUCUAUCUGGCUGUCUGUCUGUCUUCUCGCACAUUUCCUUUGUUCUUUAAAUUAUGUGUUUGUGGGAUGUUAUUGGACUGGUGAAGUUGUAGAAAACUGUUGGUAUGGUGGUGUACUUUUUAUUUAUUUAUUUAAAUUGCAUCAUGUGAAUAGAAA